UUAAUUCCGAUUUCUGAAGGUGGAAGUGUUUGAUGAAAUUGACACUGGCGGGAUUCAUUUCGCAGGCGAGGCGGGGAAGUGGCUGCUGAGCGAAUGCGGAUUCCCCUUUCAGAUAUUUGCAACGUGGUUGUGUUAUUUUAAACUGGUAUGCGAGAGCGGGUUUCCAGUAGGCGCAUCGGUGCUUUUUUUCGGUCGUGCUUCCAUUCCAACCUCUGCAAUGCCCGUGUAGAGUGGAGAGAUCACCCCCUCGGAUCGGGGCUGGAAUGGAGACUGCCUUCGGACUGGGAUAGAGAGGGAGGGAGGGGAGUCAAGGAACGAAUGUGCCCGAGGUUGCUCGCAGUUACUUUGUGAAAUUGACAAUGAGCGGGGUGGUUACAGCGGGUAAACAUUGGGCCCCAUUGAAGAGAAGGCAGGAAAUGGUAACGGCGAAGGCACGGUGUGAUGUUGCAGUCUGCUGCUAGAACAAACAUGUUCAAGAACGGACCGAAACAAACCGACCACGGCAAUGGACUCGAUCUGCAUCGUGAGGACCAUCAAAGAAGCCAGUGAGACCUUUUUGCCAAAUGGCACAGUUAGCUUUAAGGAAUCGUCCAAGUCUACCAUCGGGAUUUUGGGAAGUGGCGAUUUUGCCAAAUCAUUGGCAAUCAGGUUUAUACGGUCUGGAUACUCUGUUGUAAUAGGAAGCAGAAAUCCCAAACGAGCAGUUGGGUACUUCCCUCCUCUUGCUGAAAUCAUGCACCAUGAGGAUGCUGUUAUAAAAACCGAUCUCAUAUUUGUUGCCGUACAUCGCGAGCACUAUGCUUCCCUGUGGGACCUCAAGCCCUUGCUGGUAGGCAAAAUUCUUGUGGAUGUGAGCAACAACAUGCGAAUAAACCAGUAUCCAGAAGCCAAUGCAGAAUAUCUUGCUUCACUGUUCCCAGAUUCGACGGUGGUAAAAGGCUUUAAUGUAAUAUCUGCCUGGGCACUUCAGUUUGGCCCAAGAAAUGCGAACCGACAGAUAUACAUUUGCAGUAACGUGGUGGAAGCCCGACAAACUGAUAAUUGAACUUGCCCGGCAGUUGGGUUUUAUUCUGUUGAUAUGGGAAUGUUGUCUUCAGCAAAGGAGAUAGAAAAUAUGCCUCUGUAUCUCUUUACCCAUUGGAGAGGUCCUGUGCUUGUGGCAAGCCUAGCCAUAUUUUUCUACAUCUACUCAUUCAUUCGUGAUAUUGUGCAUCCCUAUGUGAAGAACAAACAAAGUGACUUCUAUAAAAUUCCAAUUGAAAUAGUGAACAAGACUUUGCCUGUUGUUGCUAUUACCCUCCUUUCACUCGUGUACCUGGCUGGAUUGCUAGCAGCUGCUCUCCAGUUAUAUUCUGGAACUAAGUAUCGCCGGUUUCCCGUCUGGCUUGAACAUUGGCUACAGUGUCGGAAGCAGCUUGGGCUAUUGAGCUUCUUUUUUGCCUCUGUUCAUGCAGUUUACAGCCUUUGCCUUCCAAUGCGACGUUCGGAACGAUAUUUCUACCUCAACAUGGCUUAUCAGCAGGUUCAUGUCAAUAUUGAAAAUUCCUGGAAUGAAGAGGAGGUGUGGAGAAUGGAAAUGUACAUUUCUUUUGGGAUAAUGAGUCUGGGCUUACUGUCACUGCUAGCAGUUACAUCAAUACCUUCAGUCAGUAAUUCAGUGAAUUGGAGGGAGUUCAGCUUUAUUCACGUACGUUUCUCUUUCAUUAUUAAUGAUGUGCAGCACUGAUGUUCAAAGCUCCACUUUGGUUAUUUUUAGAUUGUUUAAUGGAUUUGAUUAGAAUGGAAAUGUACAAAAAUAGUUCAAAAAGCUUUCAUUUGCUGCAAGCAGCAAUUCAUUGUUACCAACAGACCAAAGCCAAUAAAUCUAAUAGUAUAUGUCUGCCAGAUUCAGCUGAUGGCAGAUGAUGAGAGGAGUAAAAGGUGAAAAAUUUA